UUGAAGAUGGCGAAGUCGUUUUCAAGGAUUUUGGCAGUUGCCAAAUUAGCGCGUCCAAAUCCAUGUUUCUAUUCAUCUACAAGGCUUAAGACAGAUAUGACUAAUGAUAACUUUACAAACCCAAAGUAUGAGGGCCAGGAGAAGGAAAGAAAACACAUUGAGACACCAAAGUUUACAAACGAAAUGGACCCAAAUGUUGUGACUCUAGGGAAGAUCUAUGACAAGAAGCCAUUUAGACUUGAACUGGAAGCAGGAAAGAAGUACUUUUGGUGUGCUUGUGGUCAUAGUAGGAAUCAGCCAAUAUGUGAUGGUUCUCACCGAAUAUUGGAUGGGACAGGUUUCAUUAAAUGGGGACCAAAACACAGACCAAUAAUGUUUACUGUGGAAAAGACAGGAGAUUAUUGGUUGUGUAACUGUAAACAAACAAAAAAUAGACCGUUCUGUGAUGGGACACAUAGACGAGAGGAUAUACAAGAAACUAGGGGAAGAUAAUGAAUGGACAGUUUAUAGGAACUGCUACAACUGCUAUCAAUAAUUUUCGCGCUUUCCUUGAAAACAAGGUUGUGUUGAAUGAUAAAAGGGACCCAUCAGUUAAUGACAGUCACCAAAUACAGGUUACUGUUUUCGCUAUCAGUGGUCUGAUUUGUAUGGACUUAACAGAACAUAGAGUUGUUGGAAUUUGAAGAUUUUUUAAGGCUUUCUUCACUCUGUGAAUGAUCUGGUUUGCGAAAUGAGCAUUUUGAUAUACUCAGGAUAUCAAAUAUGUAUAUUGGCCAGACAAGGUGUUUGGUUUCGAUAUUGUAUAUGAAAAACAUCAAAGAAGAAAGUUUUCAAGCAUUGUACAUGAAUAUUUCCUGAAUCAUGUCCCGAAGAAAAAUGGAGGUGGCUUGGUUAAAUAAACUUGUGUAAAAUAACUGUCCUUGUGGUCUCUUCUUUUAUUCAUAGAAAUGAUUGGCUACAAUGUAGCAAAGUAGCCUCCCUUUCUCUCAGAGGUAUAGGCUCUCCAAGAUCUAUCCAGGGAAUGCGAUGACAACUACAUUUCCUCAAAUAAACCUGUAGUCCGAUGUUUGUUGGGUAAAUCAUCUUGACAGGCAUCCUUCUAUCA